AUGGACCUGGCUCGCAAAGCGCAAUUCUUUACCCUCGAUGUCAUCACUAAAAUCGCUUUUGGAGAGGCAUUUGGUGAUCUAGAGCGAGACGAGGACAUGUAUAAGUAUCUAGAGUUUACAGAUGAGAUGGUUGAAGUCAUAAUAUUAAGUGCCACUGUCCCGCUCUUGGACUGGUUACGGUCGUUCGACUGGAUUGCGAAGCUCGUAUUCCCAUCGGGAAAGGAAGCUACUGGCCCUGGGAGACUGAUUGCCAUCGCUCAGGAACUUGUUGGGAAGCGCUUCGGGCCCAAAGCGGUUUCGCGUCGAGACAUGCUUGGAUCAUUCAUACGGCACGGCCUGGAGGAGGAUGAGCUUAUCUCGGAGUCCCUCCUCCAAAUCCUCGCAGGCUCUGACACGACGGCCACAACCCUCCGGGCUACAAUGCUGUUUUUGAUGAGCCACCCAUCCGCGUACCAUAAGCUGCAGGAGGAGAUUGAUACUGCGGUCAGAGAAGGACGAGCUUCAAGGCCAAUCAUCAAAUAUUCCGAGGCCCAUGAACUUCCCUAUUUGCAAGCAGUAAUCAGAGAGGGUAUACGGAUCUGGCCUACAGCUACGGGGCUCCUUACCAAGGUUGUUCCGCCGGAAGGGGACAUGGUGACGGUUGACGGCAAGCGCGUGUUCCUUCCCGGCGGCACAAAUAUUGGAACUUGCGUCUGGGGUGUGCUGCGCCGAAAAGAUGUCUUUGGCGAAGAUGCCGACGCGUUCCGCCCAGAGCGCUGGCUCGAGGCGUCCGGGGAUAAACUGGUGUAUAUGCACAAAACCGGGGACUUGGCGUUUGGUUGGGGUAAGUAUCAGUGUUUGGGAAAGAACAUAGCCUGGAUGGAGUUAAGCAAGGCCUUCUUUGAGCUUCUCCGUAACUUUGACUUCGCAAUCAUGGAUCCGACGAAGCCUUGGAAGAGUAAGAAUGUGGGCCUAUGGAUAAUUUCGGAGCAGUGGGUGCAGGUUACCGAUCGCCUGGGCGCCUAA